AUGGCGGCUACAUCACGUAAGACCGAUUGCACCGGCAUCAAAAUGCUGCACUCAAACAAAGCUGGCCAAGAGUCCAAGCCCGAAACUCUUGUCCAAAAGGUGCUAUCAUGGCCGGUCUACGAUAUCUUGACCUGCAAGCGGACCUCUAUUGAGGUGAAGGAAAUCCUGAAGGAAUUUCAAACUUGCAAGCACUAUACAGAAGCAUUUCGAAGUUCAAUGCUAGAGGAAAUCUUUCAUCAAAUCGAAUCGGCCAUGGUUACCAUAUCCAAAGGCAUAGAUGUGCAUUAUUAUGGUAGGAACCUAGACUGUGAUAUGCCAAAUAAAUACAGUGUCAAGCUCUGUCUACCCAAGGGGAAGAAUUCGCCAAUAACAAGUGAUGUCAUGCUAUUAUCAGCAAGGAAUUUAGAGUCUAGGGAUCAAAUCCUCAAGGACAAUUCCUUUUGCACAAUCCUAGUAGUUACGUGGAUGGCUAAGAAUCCUAGAGUUCUUGUAUGUGAUCCAACGAACACAGCUCUAGGGCAAUUGACUCGUCAACUUGUUUCUCUAUUAGAGAACUCAUCUGAAGCCGAAUCAAUUCAGGACAUCAUUCUGUUGGGUAAUGAGGAGCGUCUGAAGGUGAAGGAAGAUAAAGAUCUGUCAAAACUGAUCGGCAUGCUGCAGGGAGCAGCAGCAGCAGCAACAGCCGUGGACGGCAACGGCAAGGGCGGCGGCGGCGGCACCAACCCCAGCACCGCCCGGCAGGCGGCGGCUUUGCCCCUGAAGCUCCUCCGCCCUCUCCUCCUCGUGGCGGUGCUCGGCACGGGGUUCCUCGCCGUCCUGGUCCUGCUCCUUGGCGGCACCGCCUACUCGUCCAUGCUCCCGCGUCUCCCCGCCGACGCGGACGCCCUGCCGGCGUCGGUGGGGAAGGCGCCGCUGGAGCUGCUGUGGGCGGCGUCGUGGCGGCCCAGCGUCCGGCGGUACCCGUACCGGCGGACGCCCAAGGUGGCCUUCAUGUUCCUCACCCGCGGCCCGCUGCCGCUGGCCCCGCUCUGGGACCGCUUCUUCGCCGGCGCCGGGGACGUGGGGCUCUUCACCCUAAUACAGAUGCCGGUGGCUGCGUGGGGCGAGGCGAGCAUGCUGGACGCGGAGCGGCGGCUGCUGGCGAACGCGCUGCUAGACCCAGCGAACGAGCGCUUCGUGCUGCUCUCCGAGUCGUGCGUGCCGCUCUACGGCUUCCCGGCGCACUACCUGCCGACGGCGCUCUCCAUCGAGGCGCCUGCGCGGAUCGCCAACCGCAGCGUCACGUGGGUCGACUGGUCCCGCGGCGGCGCGCACCCGGCCACGUUCGGGGAGAAAGACGUCGACGAGGCGUUCCUGAAAUGGCUCACGGCGGCGCCCGGGAAGCGCCAUGGGAACUGCACCUACAAGUACAACGGCCAGCCGGCGGAGGUGUGCUUCCUGUUUGCUAGGAAGUUUGCGCCCAGCACGCUGCGGCCGCUGCUCAGGCUCGCGCCCAAGUUGCUCGGAUACGGCUGA